AUGCCUUCAAGAAGUCCACGUUCACGUAGUCGAAGUCCGUCAAGACGACAUAAAAAAAGUCAUAAACGUUCAAGAAAAUCAAGUGAUGAUAAUUCACCAUCAACAAAAAAUAUUUCAAUUAAAAAAGAAGAAGAAUCAAUGAAUGAAAAUGGAAAUAAUUCAAUUUAUAAACCUCGACUUCCAUCUGUUAUGUUACCACCAUCAUUUCUAGCUAAAUUAGACUUAAAAGAAGAAGAAAAAAGUGUAUCACCAGCAGGUGAACAAUCACCAGCUGAUGUAAAUGGAAAUACUACUCAAACGAAAAAAAAACGUAAAAAUCGUUUUGCUGAUGAAACUGAAAGAGUUUUUCUACCUAAUAUGCCAACAAAUAUCUCAAGUAACAUGACAGAACAACAACAAAAGAUUUAUAUUUUACAAGUUCAAAUUGAAGAAUUAACACGUCGUUUAAAAAUGAAUGAUUUAGGUAUUCCAGCUAAUGUUGAAGCUAGAUCACCAUCACCUGAACCAAUUUAUGAUCAACAAGGAAAAAGACAAAAUACUCGUGAAGUUCGAGCAAGACGAAAAAUUGAAGAACAACGUCAUCAACUUGUUACUGAGUUACUUGUUCUCAAUCCAGAUUAUAAAGCACCAUCUGAUUAUAAACCACAACAAGCAAAAUAUAUUGAUAAAGUAAUGAUUCCACAAGAAGAUCAUCCAGAAGUUAAUUUUGUGGGUUUAAUUAUUGGACCACGUGGGAAUACAUUAAAAACAUUAGAAAAAGAGACAAACGCCAAAAUCAUUAUUAGAGGUAAAGGAUCAAUCAAAGAUGGAAAGAUGGGUUUAGUCAAAUUUGGUCCAUUACCAGGUGAAGAUGAACCAUUACAUGCUUAUAUAACUGGUACAUCACCUGAAAUUGUAGCUAAAGCUGUUGAAAAAGUAAAUGAAAUAAUAAAUCAAGCUAUUGAUGAACCGGAAGGUAUGAAUGAACUACGUAAACAACAAUUAAGAGAAUUAGCUUUACUUCAUGGAACAUUACGUGAAAAUGAUUGUCUUAUUAAACUUAAAUUAAUGACCGAAGCAGAAAAAAUUGUCACAAAUACAAUCAUAUGUACAAUAUGUGGUGGAGCUGGACAUGUUUCAGGUGAUUGUAAAUUUCGUAAAAAUCCUGAUGGUACAUAUGCAGAAUUAAAUCCUGAUGGAUCACUUAUGAUUGCUGGACAAAAUCGAGUUGAACAACAAAAAUUAGAUUGUGAAUAUCAAUCAUUAAUUAAUGAAUUAACGGGUAAAAAAGAUACUGAUACAAAUUUAUCAUUAGAAGAUCGAAAGGGUUUAAUGAGUGGAUCAAGAACAAAUGGACCAACUUUAGCAAUUACAGGUGGAAAUCCAGGAACAAAUAAUGCAGCUGCUGUUCCUACUACAUUUAAUGCGACUACUAAUAAUAAUACACCAACGAAUACUAGUAAUGAUUAUAAUCCUCCAUCAUUGAUGUCUCUCAAUCCAAAUACUAGUUCAACUAAUCAGCCACAAGCAGCAUCAUCAAAUUAUUGGAGUAAUACUGGUCCUCGUUAUAAUAAUAAUGAUGUAUUUGAUGGUCAUUAUCUACUUCGACGAAAUAAUCGAAAUAAUAAUUAUUCGUCAUAUAUCGAAGGUGAUUCAUAUCGAGCUCAACAUAUACCAGCUUUAAUGGAAAAUGGAGGAAAUAAUAGUAAUGCAAAUUCAUCAACAACAACACCAACAACACCAUGGUCUAAUCCUCAAUAUUCUCAACAGCAACAACAACAACAACAGCAGCAGCAACAAUGGAAUCAAUGGAACCAAUAUAAUACUGCUAUGUAUUAUCAGAGUGUUUAUCAACAACAAUAUUAUCAAAAUAAUAAUACUGGUUUUACACCACCAUUACCAAAAACAGCACCUCCACCACCACCGCCACCACGUUAA